AAACUUCCGGUGUGCGAGCAGACGAAACUUACGCAAGCUAACCAAACGGAAUAGAUUGAAUCUUCUAUCGGGCGAUGGGGCAUUUAUUUGCUCUCUUGUAAAAAUUUGUGUCAAGCCAUCAUUAUACAGUCAUGUCCUUGCCACUGAUUUGUCGUGUUAGUGUCCGUGGAAUCAGUACCCGGGCCAAGUCUGCACGGACACGAGCACUGGUGGACCGAAUAAUAAGAAUUGACCAUGCUGGAGAGCUUGGAGCUGACCGAAUUUAUGCUGGUCAACAUGCCAUUCUUGGUAACACAGCCACUGGACCUGUCAUCAAGAAAAUGUGGGAUGAAGAAAAGCAUCAUCUAGAGACCUUUGAGAAAUUGGUUGUACAACAUCGUGCCAGACCAACAGUGAUGUUACCCAUCUGGAAUGUGGCAGGCUUUGUACUUGGGGCUGGGUCUGCAAUGCUUGGUAAGGAAGGUGCCAUGGCUUGUACAGUGGCAGUGGAAACUGUGAUAGGGGAACAUUAUAACAGCCAGCUUCGUGAUCUUAUAGAAGAUGACCCAGAACAACAUAAAGAAUUAAUACAGACAAUCAAACAGUUUCGAGAUGACGAACUCCACCAUCAUGACACUGGAUUAGAACACGAUGCAGAAAAGGCCCCCUUUUAUGAUACCAUGACGACAGUGAUCAAGCUUGGAUGUAAAGGUGCAAUCUGGCUGUCAGAGCGAGUCUAGUGACUGUAGACAGGAAAUGUUUCUAAGUGUGUCAGUAUCCCAGGACUUAUCAAAGCUGUUCCAUUACAAAGGUGGAUUUGGAGAAGUGCUGAUGUCAUCCUGCUUUUUGAAUAUCUCAAAUGACAAGGUGUUUCGGCCUACCUUGUUACUGAAAAACAUAACUUGACGCUGUACAUCAUCAUAGGAAGAUGUAUAGAAAUUUUCGAACAUUUGGUAGAUCUGGUAAUUUUGUUACAAUGAACACAUACUAUAUAUGUUAAAGCUGUUACGUUAUAUGUAUAAAUCUAGGACCUAUCCAAUCAUGAAAAUAAUAGCAGAUUUGGAAAUCUGUUGUUGUUGUGGCUUAUCGUGCAUUUUGUAUUAAAAUGAAAUGUGAAUGA